CAUUCACCCAUCUCCAACUAUCAUAGCACACUCAUCUCAACACAACCACCUCACAAAACCUUAAAACACAAACUUUGUUCUUGUUUCUUCUUUCUUGUUUCUCUUGUACUAGUCCAAGAAUGUCAGGGGUUUGGGUGUUCAAGAACGGCGUGGUGCGUCUAGUGGAUGGCGCGGAGGCGAUGGAGGGUGGACGUCAAGGGUCAGGCGGACGGCGUAAGGUGUUGGUUCACAUUGCGAGCAAUGAGAUUAUCACCUCAUACGCCGUCCUAGAGCGAAAGCUUAGCUCUUUGGGAUGGGAGCGUUACUAUGAUGACCCUGACUUGCUUCAGUUCCACAAACGCUCCACAGUUCAUCUUAUCUCUCUCCCUUUGGAUUUCAAUAGGUUCAAGUCCAUGCACAUGUAUGACAUCGUUGUCAAGAACAAGAACUCCUUUGAAGUUAGGGACAUGAUGAUGUAGUAAACACAUAUUAACAACUAUUCUUGUGCAUGGCCUUGUAAUUUGGAUUCUUGGUUUUGCUUCUAAGUCAUGUAUGUGUGAUGAUGGUUUGAUUUUUCAUUAGUGUGACUUAACAUGUCUACAUGAUUUGUUACUCACAUUAAUCUGUUUACUUUAUUCAUAGGUUUAA